UAGAUUAUUUGAGUGCUUCUUCUGCAAGAAAAUAUCACUGCUCGUCUAAUAAGAACAAAAACUGAUUGUUGAUUAUUUUUGUUUCACUCUUCAUUCUACAUAAAUUCUUACUUAAAAUGCUGAUUUCGAAGUGGUACUUUUUUCUAGGCUUCCUCUUCAUUACAGGGAAUCGAGUUUUUGCAGUCACAGAAGAUAGCGAGUAUUGGACGCAGGAUGCUCAAACUAGACUUUUGCAAAGAAUCGCCACCCCAUUAAUUGAAACAAAAGCCAAAAAUAUAUUAUUUUAUUUGGGAGACGGAAUGUCACUCCCAACUAUUUCCGCCGCAAGAAUUCUGAAAGGGCAAAAGGUUGAUAAGUACGAAUUCGGGGAGGAAGCAGAGUUGCACAUGGAGUCGUUCCCUUUCACCGGAACCUCAAAGACGUUCUGCUUUGACGCACAAGUCGCCGACAGUGCAUGUUCUGUUACGAGUUAUUUGGGUGGUACAAAAGCCAAUUAUGGAACAAUUGGACUCACGACUGCUGUACAGCGGAAGUCUUGUCCUGGACAAGCUGACACUAAAAACCACGUGGCUUCAUUGCUGUCCUUGGCGCAGGCUGCUGGAAAGUCAACUGGAGUCAUUACUACGACUCGAAUAACUGACGCUAGUCCUGCAGGGACAUAUGGCCAUGUUGCUGAAAGAGAUUGGGAGAAUGAUGCUGCGAUUCGAAGAGAUAACCAGGACCCAGAAUUAUGCGAUGAUCUUCCUGAACAAUUAAUUUUGCGAGAGCCUGGGCGAAACAUUAAUGUAAUUCUUGGGGCUGGUCGCAAAAACUUUCUCCAUCAGAAUCAAACCGACCCAGAGUAUCCGAAUGUCAGAGGGGAACGAACGGAUGGCAAAGACUUAAUCCAAGAGUGGAAAGCUUCCAAGAACCCGACAAAUUCAAAAUAUGUAAACACAAAGGAUGAACUUUUAGCUGUGGACACUUUGACGACCGAUUUUCUAUUAGGCCUUUUCGAGCCGGAUGACAGAGGUUAUGUUGACCAACUUGAGGGGAAAAAUGACCCUUCAUUGGAAGAUAUGGUUCAAGUUGGAAUUCAGAUUCUUAAGAAAAAUCCAAAUGGAUUCUUCCUGUUCGUGGAAGGUGGACUAAUUGAUAAUGCACACCAUGGAAAUAUGGCACAGAGAGCUUUGUUUGAAACGAUUGAAUUUGAUCAGGCCAUAAAACUUGGAGAUGAACUCACAAAUGAUGAUGAUACACUAAUCGUGGUCACUGCGGAUCAUGCCCACGUCAUGAGCUUUUCUGGGCACGCUUCUCGUGGUCAUUCCAUUUUGGAGGUUACGGAUCAAUUUGUGGAAACUCUGGACGAUCUUCCAUAUCUUACCUUAUCAUACGCAAAUGGUCCCGGCCCUUGGGUAGACCCGGAAACUGGAAAACGUAGGAAUGUUACGUCUGAUGAUUUCCAUGCCAUUGACUACAAGGUCGCAGCAGCUGUGCCCCGCAGGUCAGAGACACAUGGAGGAGACGACGUGCUUAUUUAUGCCAAGGGUCCCUUUGCUCACCUAUUAAGUGGGACUCAUCAACAGAGUUAUAUUCCACACGUUGUUUGGUAUGCGGCCUGCAUCGGGCCGGGCGCCAAGCACUGUGACAACCAUCCUGGAUUUGAUGGUGCGCAUGGCGUGCACAUGAACAAGUCGUUGUCAUUAAUGUCCAUUUUAUUUAUUAUUUUCUUUUCUCGAGUAAUUUAACACAGCUUUUAAGAAAUCGUUGUCAUUUUAAGCUUAUUUCAGUAGUUAAUGUCUUUCUAUCUGUAAAUCAAGAUGAAUCAGAGUUUAACACUUGUUCCUUUACGCGCUUAUCACAUAACUUCAAACUUGAUUCAUGUACAUAAUAAUAAAAAUGGUUGUUAAACCUUAUCUAUUUUA